CAUAACUCUCUCUCUCUAGAGCUCUCUCCUUCUCAGAUCAGAUCGGAUGAUGAGAUGAGCAUCACCAAAACUUAACCCAACAAAUUCCCUCUCUUAGCCUCAACACAACAAAACAUAAUUUGGGAUUCUGUUUCAAUUUCAAUUGUAACCCAAAACCCAGGAAGGAAUUGGAUUGAAUUGAAUUGAAACCCCAUGGAUGCCCACUCUCUUCCCCCUCCUUUCCACACACGGGAUUUCCAUCUCCAACAACAAUUCCACCACAACAAUAAUUCUGAAGAAGAACAUAGCGCCACCACUACUCGUCUCAAACGAGAUCGAGACGAUGAUGACCACAACAACUCUGCCCCCACCAGCGCUGCCGACGCUGCCGCUGCUGAUGGAGAGAUUACUCGACGACCCAGAGGAAGACCCGCCGGAUCCAAGAAUAAACCCAAGCCACCAAUUAUUAUUACUCGCGACAGUGCCAACGCCCUUCGGACUCAUGUCAUCGAAGUCACUGACGGCUGUGACAUCGUCGACAGCGUCGCCACCUUCGCUCGCCGCCGCCAGCGCGGCGUUUGCAUUAUGAGUGGUACUGGCACCGUCACCAACGUCACUCUCCGCCAGCCGGCCUCCCCUGGUGCAAUUGUCAACUUACAUGGUCGCUUUGAGAUCUUAUCCCUUGCCGGCUCUUUCCUCCCUCCGCCGGCUCCUCCAGCUGCAACCAGCUUGACUAUUUACCUCGCCGGCGGUCAGGGGCAGGUAGUCGGCGGUAGCGUUGUGGGUACUUUAGUCGCCUCCGGCCCCGUCGUCAUCAUGGCUGCCUCGUUUAGCAACGCUGCUUAUGAACGCCUGCCGUUGGAAGACGACGACCAACCGCCGAUGCCGCCACUGCAGGGCGGAGGCGGAAUUGGGUCGCCGGAUGAAGUUGGACAGUCCCAACCGCCGCAAACAGCGCAUCAUCAACAGCAACAACAACUUCUGGGCGACGGAAAUGUGCCGUUAUUUCACGGUUUGCCUCCGAAUCUGUUAAACUCAAUUCAAAUGCCGCCAUCGGAAGCAGCUUAUUGGGGUACGGCUCGACCUCCGUACUAACCCCCCCCUCCUCCUCCCCAAAACAUAUAUAAAUAUAUAUAAUUUCCAUAUCCUUUUGAGUUGUUUGUUAGGUAGCCACUCAGGCAUGGAGAUGAAUUAAUUUGGGUUUGUUCCUUUUUUUCUUCUUUUAAUUUCAAUUA